ACCACUGAGUAUACAAAGAAAGUACAACAAUCACAACACAAGCUCCUUAUCCUCUCUCUCUCUCUCUCUCUCUCUCUCUCUAGAACUCUUCAAUGGCGUCUCAGAUCUAACUCCAGCUCUUCUUCGUACUACGUUAAAGUACUUCACGAUUUCUCAUUACACAGAAAAACGACGUCGUUAUGCAGAGAGUAGCGUACUCGUACUCGUUCCCUGAGGAAGUACUCGAGCACGUCUUCUCAUUCAUCGAAUCUGACCAAGACAGAGGCUCGAUCUCGCUCGUCUGCAAAUCAUGGUACGAGAUUGAGCGGUGGUGCAGACGGAGAGUCUUCAUCGGAAACUGCUACGCGGUGAGUCCGGCGAUGGUGAUAAAACGUUUUCCGAAAGUGAGAUCUAUAACACUGAAAGGGAAACCGCACUUUGCGGACUUCAAUUUGGUGCCGGAAGGUUGGGGUGGUUAUGUCUGUCCUUGGAUCAAAGCUAUGGCUGCGGCUUAUCCGUGUCUGCAGGAGAUUAGGCUCAAGAGAAUGGUUAUUACCGAUGAUUCUUUGGACCUUAUUGCGAAAUCGUUUAAGAAUUUCACGGUUUUGGUGCUUAUUUCUUGUGAGGGUUUCACUACUGAUGGACUUGCCGCCAUUGCUGCCAAUUGCAGGAAUUUGAGAGAGCUGGACUUGCGGGAGAGUGAAGUGGAGGAUAUUUGCGGCCAUUGGUUAAGCCAUUUUCCUGAUUCAUACACAUCAUUGGUUUCGCUCAACAUCUCUUGCUUGGCAAACGAGGUGAAUUUUCCUGCACUCGAGCGCCUGGUUAGUAGGUGUCCUAACUUGCAAACUCUCCGUCUCAAUCGGGCUGCGCCCCUUGAUAAGCUUGCCAACCUCCUUAGGGGGGCUCCUCAGCUUGUUGAGAUAGGCACUGGAGCCUACACGUCUGAGAUGCGGCCGGAGGUCUUUUCGAACCUGACGGCAGCAUUUUCUGGGUGUAUGCAAAUGAAGACCUUGUCUGGCUUUUGGGAUGUGCUACCAUCCUACUUACCUGCUGUCUAUCCUGUAUGCUCCAAACUCACAUCACUGAACUUAAGUUAUGCUACAAUCCAAAGCCCGGAUCUUAUCAAGCUUGUUGGUGAAUGUGGGAGUUUGCAGCGAUUAUGGGUGUUGGAUUACAUAGAAGAUGCUGGCCUUGACAUGCUUGCUGCAUCGUGUAAGGAUCUGAGGGAGUUAAGGGUGUUUCCAUCUGACCCAUUUGGGUUGGAACCAAAUGUAGCGUUGACAGAGCAGGGCCUUGUUUCUGUGUCUGAAGGUUGCCCCAAGCUCCAUUCAGUUCUAUAUUUUUGUCGUCAAAUGACCAAUGCUGCCCUAAUUACAAUUGCUCGGAACAGGCCCAAUUUGACUCGUUUUAGACUAUGUAUUAUUGAGCCUCGCACUCCUGACUAUCUUACCCGUCAAUCGCUGGAUGUUGGCUUUGGAGCUAUUGUUGAGCAUUGUAAGAGUCUUCGGCGCCUCUCCCUCUCAGGGCUUCUCACCGACCGUGUUUUUGAGUAUAUUGGGACUUUUGGGAAGAAGCUUGAGAUGCUUUCAGUAGCUUUUGCUGGAGAAAGUGAUUUGGGACUACAUCACGUGCUCUCCGGAUGUGACAACCUUAGGAAGUUGGAGAUCAGGGACUGCCCCUUUGGUGACAAAGCUCUUUUAGCCAAUGCUGCGAAAUUGGAGACAAUGCGAUCCCUUUGGAUGUCCUCUUGCCAUGUGAGUUAUGGAGCAUGUAAACUGUUGGGUCUGAAGUUGCCGAGACUCAAUGUUGAAGUCAUUGAUGAAAGAGGACCUCCAGAUUCAAGGCCAGAUAAUAGUCCAGUUGAGAAGCUAUACAUAUACAGGACAAUUUCUGGGCCUAGAUUGGACAUGCCAGGUUAUGUAUGGACAAUGGAAGAUGAUUCUGCAUAUCCUGAAUGACUGUGCCACUCAACAAUGAACAUUUUAUGUGUGACUUGUUGAUGGCCGGUACAUGCUCAACGUACCCUGUAUGAAUGUAAACUUAUGACCGUCCUAUGCUCUGCUGUUAUGGCUGGUUUCUGAGCUAGGUACAGCAGGGGAGGGGGUAUACAGAAAGCUUGAGCUCUAUUGCCAUUCAAUUUUUUCUUUUGGCUGAGCUACUAGACACCGAAUCUGAUCACAAAUAAAACCAAAACUUUGUUGUUGUAUGUGGCAUCAGAUUGAGUUGUUAAAAUUGUUAAAUUAUUUUUCAUAUUAUGAUAAUUUAAGAACUUCUGCAUAA